AUGGGGGUGAGUCAUCAGGGUCGAGGGUGCUUCCUGCAGGUGGGGGCAGGACCAGACUCUGAGCAGGGGUGGGGACUACUCUAUUGGGAGGGAGAAAGGGGUGCAGAGCCUGCCAUCAUCCUCAAGACAGGAGUGGGUACUGGCGAAGUCCCAGCCCUGCAUGAGGGCUACGCGUUGCUGCGUGAGCUGGCCAGCACCCGGCUUCCAGUCUACACUAGCAACUUGCCCGCUCACUCGGGCUCCUUCACUUACCCACCUCCCUACCAGGCCCCUCCAAGAGGAGGGGAGCUCCAGAUCUUCCAGACAGAGAGGACAAGGGGGGAGGAGGGUGAGGAGACUGUGGGCGGUGUCUGGGAAGAGACUGGAUCUGCCCUUCUCCUUCUGGGGCUGAACCCUGUGUCCGCCUCCCUCCAGGACCAGCACUGUGAGAGCCUGUCCCUGGCCAGCAACAUCUCCGAACUGCAGUGCAACACGUCCGUGGACCUCAUCGGCACCUGCUGGCCCCAGAGCCCAGCGGGGCAGCUGGUGGCUCGGCCCUGCCCUGCCUUUUUCUACGGUGUCCGCUACAACACCACAAACAAUGGCUACCGGGAGUGCCUGGCCAAUGGCAGCUGGGCUGCCCGCGUGAAUUACUCCGAGUGCCAGGAGAUCCUCAAUGAGGAGAGGAAGAGCAAGGUGCACUACCACAUAGCUGUCAUCAUCAACUACCUGGGCCACUGUGUCUCCCUGGUGGCCCUCCUGGUGGCCUUUGUCCUCUUUCUGCGGCUCAGGAGCAUCCGGUGCCUGAGAAACAUCAUCCACUGGAACCUCAUCUCGGCCUUCAUCCUGCGCAAUGCCACCUGGUUCGUGGUCCAGCUCACCAUGAGCCCCGAGGUCCAUCAGAGCAACGUGGCCUGGUGCAGGUUGGUGACAGCCGCCUACAACUACUUCCAUGUGACCAACUUCUUCUGGAUGUUCGGCGAGGGCUGCUACCUGCACACGGCCAUCGUGCUCACCUACUCCACCGACCGGCUGCGCAAGUGGAUGUUCAUCUUCCUCGGCUGGGGUGUGCCUUUCCCCAUCAUCGUGGCCUGGGCCAUUGGGAAGCUAUACUACGACAAUGAGAAAUGCUGGUUUGGCAAAAGGCCUGGGGUGUACACCGACUACAUCUACCAGGGCCCCAUGAUCUUGGUCCUCCUGAUCAAUUUCAUCUUCCUUUUCAACAUCGUCCGCAUCCUCAUGACCAAACUCCGAGCAUCCACCACGUCUGAGACCAUUCAGUACAGGAAGGCUGUGAAGGCCACUCUGGUGCUGCUUCCCCUCCUGGGCAUCACCUACAUGCUGUUCUUCGUGAACCCCGGGGAGGAUGAGGUCUCCCGGGCCGUCUUCAUCUACUUCAACUCGUUCCUGGAAUCCUUCCAGGGCUUCUUCGUGUCAGUGUUCUACUGUUUCCUCAACAGUGAGGUCCGCUCAGCCAUCCGGAAGAGGUGGCAUCGGUGGCAGGACAAGCACUCAAUCCGUGCCCGCGUGGCCCGCGCCAUGUCCAUCCCCACCUCCCCUACCCGUGUGAGCUUCCACAGCAUCAAGCAGUCCACGGCGGUCUGA